AUGGAAUACACAAGGAUGGUGGCGGGUCUAGUUGCGGUUAUCGUUGCUGUGCACUGGGCAGGAGCAGCUGCACAGUCCGACUGUACAAAUGUGCUGAUCAGUAUGGCACCUUGCCUGAAUUAUAUUACAGGGAACUCCUCUACCCCAUCACAAUCAUGCUGCACACAGCUUUCAAGUGUUGUCCGUUCACAGCCACAGUGCUUGUGCCAGGUCCUGAAUGGUGGUGGAGCGUCGCUUGGGGUGAAUAUCAACCAAACGCAGGCCCUAGCUCUGCCCCAAGCUUGCAACGUUCAGACUCCAUCUGUCAGCAGCUGCAAUGUUGAUUCUCCCGCCGGCUCUCCAGCAGGAGCACCAGACUCUUCAAACAAUGUUCCUUCAGGAACUGGAUCUAAGACUGUUCCAUCAACAGACAAUGGCUCAUCAGACGGAAGCUCCAUCCAUUUGUCAAAACCUCUACUAUUCUCCAUCUUGUUGGCUUCUAUAUAUGCUUCAGCUUUCAAGUUGUACUGAUCUUCUUAUCAGUAGCCUCUUUUCUACAAGUUUGGUUUAUUGCUGGUCAUUUAUUGCAUUUAGAUAUUUUUUGGAGUGUCCAUUAUUUUAAGCAUCCCUUUUGUUUAGGGUGUUUUAUUCUAUCUUCAUAUUCUCCUCAUCUGGCAUUUGUUUCCAUGAACUUUGUAUUGUAUCAGAGAUUCUUUUGAAUAAAAUACAUGAUCGUGUGCUUGUGAGUAAA